CAACGCAACUGAACAAAGGAAGUCGUUAAGUAUAUGACUUUAUUAAAUAAUCUAGUAAUAACUCAAUCUGCUAGUAAAUUUUAAAACGAGUUUAACGAGUGAAAGAGACAACUGAAAUACCUAAUUAUUUGUUGAUUGACAAAUGACAAGUGUUCUGUCAUUCAUAAAUUUAAUUCAAUAAUGGCCGAUGUGAUAAAGUAUAACUAAAUACGGAAUAUUUACUUGGUAGUUUCCGUACAAAUUGAAUUUGCUAUUCAAAUGUUUUAACGAGUGUGAGCUAAUCAGUGGUUCCGCGGAAUGUUUCCGCUUACACCGCCGGUCGUCAAGCGUUUGUUGGGAUGGAAAAAAGGCCCGGAAGGAUCUUCCGCCGAGGAUAAGUGGUCUGAAAAAGCUGUGAAAAGCCUUGUAAAGAAGCUGAAGAAGAGUGGUGCCAUUGAGGAAUUGGAAAGGGCGCUUUCCAAUCAGACAAGUCACACAAAGUGCGUUACAAUACCGAGAGUGAAACCAAACGACAACAGUAUUAAUGGACAGUACAGAAAAGGGUUGCCGCAUGUUGUCUACUGCAGGCUGUGGCGGUGGCCGCAGCUACAAAGUCAACAUGAACUAAAGCCAGUCGACCACUGCGAGUACGCAUAUCAAUUGAAAAGGGACGAAGUGUGCAUCAACCCUUAUCAUUAUAAUAAAAUAGACUCGCCUGCGUUGCCGCCGAUCCUGGUGCCGCGGUGCGCGGAGGGGGAGCUGCGAGCGCCGCCGCCCUACGACUACCAGCAGCAUCACGACCACGACAGCAUAUAUGGUGGUAGCGUGAUGCAGAGCGUGGUGGGCGUCGUGGGCGCGGUGGGCGGCCACAGCGCACUGUACUUGGAGGCUACGCUGGCGCAACAGGUGCCGGGCAACACCACCGUGCAAUUAAGCGCGUCCUCGGUGGAGACCCCGCCGCCCGGGUACAUGAGUGAGGACGGUGAUCCCAUGGACCAUAACGACAACAUGAAUCUGACCCGCCUAACACCGUCUCCCGGCAAUAUAGCAACGGAGGCGGCGCCAGUGCUGUACCACGAGCCCGCUUUCUGGUGCAGCAUCAGCUACUACGAGCUGAACACGCGCGUGGGGGAGACCUUCCACGCCUCCCAACCCUCCAUCACUGUGGAUGGCUUCACGGACCCCAGCAAUAGUGAGAGGUUUUGCCUCGGUCUUCUAUCCAACGUGAACAGAAACGAGGUGGUCGAACAGACGCGCAGACAUAUCGGCAAGGGCGUGCGGCUUUACUACAUUGGCGGUGAAGUGUUCGCGGAGUGCCUCAGUGACUCUGCGAUAUUCGUCCAGAGCCCUAACUGCAACCAGCGGUAUGGCUGGCAUCCAGCUACUGUGUGUAAAAUACCCCCCGGAUGCAACCUCAAGAUCUUCAACAACCAGGAGUUCGCAGCCCUCCUGUCCCAGUCAGUGUCACAAGGAUUCGAGGCGGUGUUCCAGCUCACCCGGAUGUGUACUAUACGCAUGAGCUUCGUCAAAGGUUGGGGCGCCGAGUACAGACGGCAGACGGUCACGUCGACGCCAUGUUGGAUCGAGCUGCACCUGAACGGGCCCUUGCAGUGGCUUGACCGCGUGCUGACACAAAUGGGCUCCCCCCCACUGCCCUGCUCAUCCAUGUCCUAACCACCAGGUUUUAACCACAGAGUCUAUCAGUCAAAGAAAUCGGAAAUAAGCACAGAACUAUAAAUAGUAGUUUUGAUAUACUUAAACAGUAGCUCAACAAAAUGAUAUACCUCGAUAUUAGACCAUUUGAUGUACAAUACGACGUAUAUGUAUACAGUUCGCGUCACGAAAGUUGAACAGGAGUUUUUGUGAACACCGUAAAUGGGAGCUUGAUCCACAAUUUGUAAAUUCGCGGUAGAAGUGAUCAGUACUUUUUAGUACAGCUAGUUCGCAACCGAACAUUCGUUUUCAAGUAUCGAAAUACAUGAACGUCAGAGUAAAAUAGAUCUUAUUGUUAUUGCAUUAAAGUACAAAAUUGUCGAAAAUACUUUAACUAGAGCUUUUGCCAAAACUUUGUAUAACGAAAAUCAGAAAUACGGGAUUUGUGACUAAAACGAAUGCGUGAGGCUAAUUUUACUUAAAGUAUAAAGUUCAAUAUGCGUUAACGACUCCUUGUUGCGAGCGAGUCAAAUCCUAUACCCAUUCUGGUAUAACACGGGUGGUAGAAGAAUAUCUGAGAUUUUCAGCGCCAUGUUAUUCCAAUACUGUUUCCCAGUAUUCUAACUAGAUGGCGCUCUUUGAUUCCAUACAAAUCGUAGUUAACUUUGGCGCGAUGCAAUAAGUCGACGUAGGUGGAAAAUCUUGCUAUGCUCAGUAUGCGUAUUAUAAGAUUUGCAUGCUCUCGUAAUGAUCGAAACACUAACGUCAAAUUAAAUGAGACCUAAGUUUGCACGUUUGAGAGUCACAAAUUCCCGUUAUCCUGUUUUUUUUACACCAGAGUGCAUGCUGAACAAGUGUGUACGGAUUUGAGCUUUAUAACGAGGUAGAUAAAUUGCAUUUUACUCUGGAAUUAAAAAAUAUUGAUAGUCGAAGUUGGUGUGUAUGCUAUUUGUUUCUCGGCGUAUGGUUCGAUCUGAGGCUGGCUCCCAACCCUGCUAUUAUAAUAAUUAUAAUAUCUGUGGUCGAUUAAUGACAUAGUAAUAAUAAAAAAAAAAUGGUUAAAAUCAAUUUUUUGGCAAUCCUGUUAAUUGUUUUUUUUUAAUAAUUAUAAAAAAAAAAAAUAUACCAAGCUAAAACUAAAUACAACUAGAAUAGGCUAGGAUAGCUUAGUAUAGUGUGGAUACUAUAAAAUCUAUUGUAAAAUUGUUAUUUUGAUGGGUAAUAUAAUAUUAUGAAUCGAACCGGGACAUAAUUAUUGUAAUAGCAGAGUUAAGGAUAGUUGUAUUUAUGAAAACUUUUUCUAAAAGGGUUAUUUAUUUUUGAAAUAUCAGGUUCAACUUUCGUUACGCGAGCAGCAGUUUGGAGAAUACAAUUCAAAAUGGCCGCUGUUGUCUAGCAUUCUACGUGUAUACUUUAUUAUUUAUAUAAAAAGAUACAAUACGGUAUUGGAUUUACACAAUUCUGUGUAUUUUCGACCAGAGAAGUUAUUUACGAGAAUGUGUUAACCGGUUCGAAAAUGGGAGUUUCUAUGUGAAGUAAGGAGGAAAAAAAAGAUGUCGUUUUAGGAUAGGUAUGCGGAUUACGCAUUAGUUGGUCGAACUUGGUACUAGUAUAGGAUAUUUUUCAUAUCAAACAAAGAAACAUAGAAUACAGUCGCCAUUUUAAAUUGACCCUUCGAACUCGCGUAAUAACUUGAAUUUUUAUGUAAACGAUCUUAUUUGUAAGGAGCUAAAGUGUAUUUUUCAUUAAAACUGUAUAAUAUA